AUGCAUGAAAGCGCUAAAACGUCAUCGCUAAAAUUGGCGCAAUUUGUGGAGAAAUUCCGGGUCAGCAAUGUUAGACCACAUUCGAGAAGAUGCACGGGUCAAAUCCGAGUUCCGAAUCGGCGUUGCGUUUCUCGGAACAGCGCGUUUGGUCGCUCCAGCCUUUGCUUCAACACCUUUAGCUCGGAUCACGCCUCGCGCAACACAAAAGCAAGCAUGCCCGCACCGACAGCUGCUGCCUCUCUGGCAGCGGAUGACAAGGCUGCUUCCAAUGACAAGGACAAAAAGCCUUCGGAUUCGACGACUCAGACGCCCAAAGAUGGUGCCACGCCAUCAGCAUCCACAUCUGGUGCGCCAGGAUUCGCUGCAACCGCCAAUGAAGCUUCCGCCGGAAGCGUGUUCAGCAGCCCAGACAUGACGGCCGCCGUUCUCGCCUACCUCCAGCGUCGUGGCUUUGAUCGUGUCGAGGCCGCUUUCAAGGCUGAACUCGACGCACUCGCUUCCGGUGCAACCGCCGAACAGGCCGCUGCUGCUGCAGAUGUGCUCGGCCGUGCGCCUACUGUGGGUCUCGAAGACCUCGCUGCAAAGAAUGCGCCACGAACGCAGGCUGACAAGGACGGCGACAAGGACAAGGAUACCGCCAGCAGCUCAAGCAAGGACAAACCAGCAGCCGCAGAUGCUGAUCUCACCUUUGCUGAAGAUGGCGACGUCUCGGCUGCUGCAACACAGGCCCUGCUUCUUGACCCGACAGAUCGCGCACGAGGAUUCGCCAUGCUCAAGUCUUGGUGCCACGGAAGUCUUGACAUCUACCAGCCCGAGUUGCUCCCCAUCUUGCUUCCGCUAUUCGUCCAUUCGUUCCUCGACCUCGUACUCAUGGGCCACGGCCCAGCUGCUUCGGCCCUGUACACGGCUCAUGCAGCAUCCUUCCUGCCUACUCAUACAGCGCUGCUCUCUCAGAUCAGGUCGCUGGCUCUUCCAUCGCACAUCCAAUCCGACCCGCUGGCGCAGCGCUUCAGAACCGAACGAUACGUGGUCAAGAUGUCCAACAUCGUCUUCAGUCUGCUCCUCGGCUGGUUGACCGACGGCGGCGGACCUGUCUCUGGCUCUGCGAACGCCAUCGACGAGGCCGAAGGUCCCGCAAGGCGCGGCAGGGAGGCCAUGCUCAAGAUCAUCAACGAACGAUGUCGCAUCCAGGUGCUCGCUGCUCAGCCGUACCAGAUCGACGCUGCCGUGCUGGAGGAAGGCACCGGUCUCACUGGCGCUGGCCCAGCCUAUUCGAGCGUCACGUCGGGUGCGUCUGGACGAAGCCGCAUCCACUCGUCUCUUUCCAAGAACGCCGUCUCGGAGGGCGACGCUCUGGCCGAGUUCAACGCAAAGGCGGCUGGACCACAGCUCAAGCUUCAUCCUACUGUGCCGUUGACGGAGAGGUUAGAGAUCGAAGUGCAAAAGGAGCUGCAGGAGGUCGAGCGUCGCGAGAAGGAGACGGAGGCUGCGGUGCAAGCGGAAGAGGCGAAGAGCAAGGAUGCCGAAGCAUCGGGUACGAAUGCUGCCGGCGCAAACACGCAACAGGAGGGUGCGGAGGGGUCCAAUGUAGCGGGUCAACAACAAGACGGUGAUACGACGAUGCAGGACGCCACGUCCGCUGCGGAGGCUGGAGAAGACGGGGGAGAUGCUGCGUCGAGGGCGAGGACGGCAUCCGUGCGUCCAUCUGAACAGCCGUCUUCGGCUCGAGGAACCGCUCCUCCGACAGGCGCAGCCGAGGCAGGCAACGCUAGCAACACUGGCGCCUCGGGCGUAGACUUCUCCGUCGGACUCCUCGCAGCCAGCAUCACCGACCUACCGCCACAAGCGCCCACCUUCCGCACCGUCGACGUCAAACGCGAGGUGCAACGCAUCCGCGACGCGCGCAAACGCAUCCGUCUCGAUCCAUCGCUGCUCAACGGAUCCGCCACCUCCUCCACGUCGUCCGCCUUCACCUCGGGCGUUCGCGAUCCCGCCAUCAACGGCUUGGGCGAGCAGGGCGCCAACGCAGCACGCGUGGCCGCUCUGCCCUCGGUGUGCGCCUACACCUUCCACGAUGCAGACGACGGCAUCACGUGCUCUACCUUUUCCGACGACAUUACGCUCAUGGCGGCGGGUUUCGAGGAAUCCUUUGUUCAGGUGUGGUCGCUCAAGGGGGAGAAGCUGCGUGGCAUUCGGGGCAACCCGAACCUGUCGUCGAUUCGCGAUAGCAGGUCGUUGGCGAAACAACGUCAGGCGGAAGGAUACUCUACGCGCAGGCUGAUCGGACACUCUGGUCCCGUGUACGGUGUCGACUUUGACCCGGUCGGAGGAUCCGCCAGUGCACCGCGGCAUCUGCUCAGCUGUUCUGCCGACUCCACCGCUCGUCUUUGGAGCUUGGACACGUACAGCGCACUCGUCGCGUACCGUGGUCACCAGCAUCCCGUGUGGGACGUCAAGUGGUCUCCCAUCGGAACGUACUUUGCCACCGCGAGCGCCGACAAAACAGCGCGGCUGUGGAGCACCGAACGCAUCAACCCACUUCGAAUGUACGCCGGCCAUCUUUCUGAUGUCGACUGUCUCACCUUCCAUCCCAACAGUCUCUAUCUGGCGACGGGGUCGUCGGAUCGAAGCUGUAGGUUGUGGGACGUGCAACGUGGAGCGUGCGUGCGGUUGUUCGUGGGACAUCAGUCGGCGAUUUCGUGUUUAAAGGUCAGUCCGGAUGGGAGGUACCUUGCGUCCGCUGCGAGUGGGAAUGGAACGGCAUCGCAAUUCGCCGGCGUUGACGGGGUGGACCCGACUUCCAAGGGGUCGAGUGUCAACGAUGUUUCGAUCUCACUCUGGGACCUAGCGUCCGGGAGGAGGAUCAAGAAAAUGUGGGGGCACGAGGAGAGGAUCUACUCGAUGGACUUCUCCGCGGACGGGUCGAUGUUGGUAACGGGCUCGGAGGAUUGCAGUGUUCGAUGUUGGGAUGUGCGUUCGGUAGGUGGAGUGAGAAAGUCGCCGGCGAAAGGUUCGUUGGAAGCACAGCAGAUCGAGGCAGCAGCAGCCGCUGGCGCCCCAGCGGUGGUACAGUCGGUCUCGCAGAUGACCAACGGUGGACUGGCAAGUGCAAGCGUAGCCGGCCAGACAGGUGCAGAUCUAGUCAACAGCAGCGCAGAUUGCGUGGCUACGUUCCAUACGAAGAGGACGCCCGUGUUGGACGUACAUUUCACCCAGAGGAAUCUGUGCCUGGUAGCAGGGGUCUAUGAGGAUUGA